UGUAUAAUUUAUUAUUGUGAACCUGGACUAGCACAAAUUGGCGACGAGGUAAAUACUUAACAACAAAUAAUCACCUAGUAAAUAUAUAGAUAUAAAGAGACCUAAUACUACCAAAUAAGGGAGUGGAUUAAAUUCUACUAAAAUAGGAGUGGAUUAAAUUCUACUAAACAGGAGUGGAUUCAAUUCUACUACAAGAGUGGAUUAAAUUCUACUAAAGGAGUGGAUUAAAUUCUACUAGAGGAGUGGAUUAGAUUCUACUAAAGGAGUGGAUUAAAUUCUACUGAAGGAAAGCUGAUUAUUGAGACUAAUAAGCACUAUAUCCUCGAAAAAAAAAGUGCAAUGGAUCAGUCGUCUAUUAAACAUUUCGCUUGUGAGUCUAUAGACAAAGCUCUAAUAGCUCUUGAAUGGAGAAAAUGGAUUCGUUCAGUAAAGUUAUAUUUAGAUGCAGAAGAAAUUACAGAUGUUGUAAAAAGGAAAAAUAAAUUAUUACAUCUUGGAGGUCCGCAAUUGCAGGAAAUUGCCUUUGGCUUGCCAGGCGCGGUUACGGAAUAUGACCCCACUAUUAAAAAUGAUGUAUUUAAAGCAUUGGUAGAUAGACUUAAUGACCAUUUUUCGCCUCAACAAAACCCUUGCUUUGAGAGACACGUAUUUCGCAACAUGAAACCCGCGGAUGGAGAAAAUUUAAAUAGAUUCCUUAUAAGAUGUAGAACACAGGCCGAUAAAUGUUAUUUUGGUAACAGUGAACAAGAAGCUCGAGAAAUCAGCAUUAAAGACAAGUUAAUUGAUAUGUGGGCACCGAUAGAUUUAAAACAGAAACUUCUGGAAAAGGAAUCAUCAUUAAAUGAUAUUAUAGAACAAUGUCAAAUAUAUGAACAGACACGAAACCAAAGUGCCAUCAUGCACAAGAAAGACAUUUUUCUAACAAACUCCACUAGCGAGGCUCAAGUUAAUCGAAUUGAAGAUUCACGGAAACGCAAACACUGGGAAAUUACAAAAAGUCAUGAGUGCACACGCUGCGGUGGAAUCCACAGCUUAGACAAGAAAAAUUGCCCUGCCAUUAAUACUACAUGUUAUCAAUGUGGUCGUUUAGGACAUUUUGCUAGAAGAUGUAGGACAGGAAAACUUAAACGUACAUUCGGUCAAAACACUAGCCGGCACCCCAAUCCGCCGAAGACAAGAAGAAUUAAUUGCAUCGACGAAUCCAAUGACGAAAGUCUCCCUUCUACUAGUGGUAUCGGCAACUAUGAAUGUUUCGAAGUUACGAGUUCAACCCUACUUGGAUUGGAGAGCAGCAAUGGAAUAAUCUCGGUGAUAAUUGGAGGUGUCAGCAUUGAUAUCUUAAUUGAUUCCGGAGCCUCGUGCAACAUUAUAAAUGGACAUGAUUGGGAAAAACUACUCGGAAAUGGAGCUGCAAUACUUGACAUCCAAGAAGAUGUAACUAAUUCGAUAAAAGCGUAUGCUGCAAAUACUCCGCUUAUUGUAAAAUGCCAAUUCAAAGCCCCAAUACGCGUGGGCAAUAGUCGUGAGCGUAUUGAAACAUUUAUGGUGGUAGAAUCCGGUACAACCUCACUGCUGGGAAGACGCACAUCGAUAACCUUAGGAGUUUUAAAGUUGGGACUAGACUCCAAUAUUAAUCAUAUUGAAAAAAUUGAGCCUUUUCCAAAAGUUGCUAAUAUUAAAAUAAAACUCACCAUCAAUCCAAAUAUAAAGCCAAUACAACAACCAAUGCGUAGAAUUCCAAUUGCCGUUGAAGAAAAAGUGGAACAGAAGCUGAAUGAAGCACUUGCCAGAGAUAUCAUAGAGCCCGUACAAGGACCAAGCCCUUGGAUUUCUCCCAUGGUCAUAGUCUUUAAACCAGAUGAUGAUAUUCGUAUUUGCAUCGACAUGAGGAGAGCCAAUGAAGCUAUACUUAGAGAGAAUUUUCCUCUUCCCACUUUUGAGAGCUUCAUGACUAAACUGAGUGGGGCCACUUACUUUUCGCGCUUGGAUCUAGCUAGUGCAUAUCAUCAACUAGAAUUGGAAGAAGACAGUCGACCAAUUACUACUUUUAUAACACAUAAAGGAUUAUUUAGGUACAAGCGGCUAAUGUUUGGCAUAAAUUCCGCUCCAGAAAUAUUUCAGCGUAUAUUUCAAGGUAUUUUGGCUCCUUGUCAGAAUUGUCUCAACUACCUCGAUGACAUAGUUGUUUAUGGAGAAACUGAAGCUGAUCAUGACCGAUAUUUGAAUAACUUACUGACGGUACUACAAAAUCAUAACAUCUUGUUAAACGAAAAAAAGUGCCACUAUAAGGUUAAACAAUUGGAAUUUUUAGGACAUAUUCUAACAUCUUCCGGAAUAUUACCGGACCCAAAGAAGAUUAAAGUUAUUCGUGACUUUCGUGCACCGUUAAAUAAAGGAGAAGUAAGGAGUUUUCUUGGCAUGGUUACAUACUUGGGAAAAUUUAUACCUAAUCUGGGAACCCUGACCGAACCACUAAGACUAUUAAUAAGAAAUGAAACAAAAUUCAAUUGGGGACAAAUAGAACAAGAAAGUUUUCAAAAAUUAAAAAAUGAAUUGGUGAAUUUGCCGACUCUGUCCUUUUUUGAUAUGAAAUUACGCACGCAAUUGAUUGCCGACGCCAGCCCAGUGGCCCUGGGCGCUGUGCUGCUACAGAUUGAUGGUGACGAUCAACCACAUGUAAUCUCAUUUGCAAGUAAAAGCCUCACCGCUGUUGAACGGAGAUACUCUCAAACUGAAAAGGAGAGUCUGGCAUUGGUUUGGUCUGUCGAAAGAUUUUAUUACUACCUCGCUGGAAUACAAUUUGAGUUGAUCACAGAUCACAAACCACUUAAAGCGAUUUUUAAACCAACUUCAAGACCACCCGCAAGGAUUGAGAGAUGGUUACUUAGACUCCAAGCUUUUAAAUUUACUGUAAAAUAUAAAUGUGGAAAAUCAAACAUCGCGGACCCCUUGUCGAGGUUAUGCAAAAUAGAAUCGGAUCCAACUUUUGAUGAGCCGAACGAAUGUCAGAUUCAAACUAUUAUAACAGAAAGUAUACCCAAAGCGUUAUCAAUAUCCCAGGUAAUUAUGAACAGCAAAGUUGACCCAGACAUCCCAGAAGUUAUCGAGAAAUUGGCAGGCAAUUCAUGGAACGUAAAUGACAAAAGCGCGUACUACCCCUUUCGAAUGGAACUCACUUCCAUGGGACCACUACUACUAAGAGGAAAUAAAAUUGUAAUCCCGAGAAAUCUGCGAAUUCAAGUGUUGAGGCUAGCACAUGAGGGCCACCCCGGAGAAUCGGUGAUGAAGCGAAGAUUACGUUCAAAAGUCUGGUGGCCACAGAUAGACAAGGAGGCGGAAAAACACGUUAAAAGCUGUCGCGAAUGCCUACUUGUAUCACAACCGAGCAGACCUUCACCAAUGGUAAGACAAAUGCUUCCUUCAGGGCCAUGGCAAUACUUGGCAAUGGAUUAUAUGUCGGGAGAGCCAAAUCAAGAUCACCUACUGGUAAUAAUCGAUUAUUAUUCCCGUUAUGUAGAACCAAUUUUUACAAAAUCAACCACAUCGUCAACGGUCAUUAGAGCACUUGAAACGACCUUCUGUCGAUUUGGUCUACCAAAAACUAUUAAAGUAGACAACGCUACUAAUUUCAAUAGUGAAGAAUUCAAAAAAUUCUGCGAAAUAAAUGGCAUUGAGAUAGUGAAUUCUCCUCCUUAUUGGCCGCAGGCAAAUGGGGAAGUGGAAAAUAUAAAUAAAUCACUAAAGAAACGGCUACAAAUCAGUUACCUGAACAAUGAGCGCGACUAUCAACGGCAGAUUAUGGACUAUAUUACGAUGUAUAAUGUUACACCUCAUGGAACAACAGGAAAGUCCCCGUCAGAACUUUUAUUUAACAGAAGAAUAAAGGACAAAAUUCCAUGCCUAGAAGAUAUAAAUAUAGAAACGUUGGACGAAGAAGUUUAUGACCAAGACCUAGUUCAAAAAGAUAAAGGAAAAAGAAGGGAAGAUAGCAAAAGAAGAGCAAAUGAAAAGGAAAUUAAACCAGGAGACAAAGUCGUGGUAAAGAAUAUUUUCUUUCCACAUAAACUGACAGCGAACUUUAGUAACAUAGAAUAUAAUGUCCUACAUCGAAAUGGGAAUGAGCUAACCCUAUUCGGAGAUGGAAAGACGAUCAAGCGAAAUGUUGCCCACGUAAAAAGGAUACCGGACACCUCACCUACCGUAGAUCUACCCGAAGCUCCUCCAGACCCCUCAACAUCUAGUUCAACACUUCCAUCAACCCAACCGACUUCAGAAGAUACGACCACAUCAGAGCCGCCCCCGGCUGGAGGCCAACCCGAAGAAGAGGACUCGAACGCACCCCGUGUGACUCCACUUGUUCUGGUGAAAAAAGGAGGGAUGUGGCAACCGGCUGAUGCCCGAAAAUAAAAAAUUGUUUAUAUGUUUUUGCUGCGAUAUAAAUUAUCGAUCGGCCGGGCAGCGGGCGAUGGGUAUUUGUGUAGAUAAGUUAGUGAGUAUGUAUUUGAAGUUGUUUGGAAUAUUAUUGUUUGUUAAUAAAUGUAUUGUUAUUGCUUAUUUCGUGAGUGUAUAAUUUAUUAUUGUGAACCUGGACU